AUGGGUAUAAUUCAAUCUAUUGAUUCUACUCCUCAAGCAAACCCAGAGGUUAGAACCAGAAGAGGUCCUGUUUUGGCUGAUUUUGAGGUGUUCUUCAGAAAUGAACGACCAGAAGUUAUUGUUCAUUACAUUGCUAUGCACACGAAAGUUGGUUCUGACUGUGAUCCUAUCUGGAUAAGCAAGCAGAAACUUCUGAAUAGUAAGUAUGGAGUUACAGAAGUUGUGCCAGAGCAAGAAAGAAGAACAAAGCGAAAGCUAGACCUUCCAUCUAUUAGUGAGGAGAAGAGGCAGAAAGAUAAGGAAGAAGAAACACAUAAGAAGAAACAGAAGGAAGAAAGAGAAGAAGAAAAGAAGAAGCAGAAGAAGAAAAGGAAGGAAGAGGAAAAGAAUAAAGGAAAGAAGUCAGAGAAGAAAGAUGUUGAAAAAGAAAAGAAGAAAGAAGUUGAAAAGGAAAUGGAAAACUGUAAAUGA